GCAUGAGCUAGUGUGUGUGUAAUAAAAGGUCUCUCCUUAUUCUUAUUCUUCCUUUUUUUCUGCUUCUCACAUUGAAUGUGUGGGGAGUCAUGCCUCUGCAAGAACUCCUGCUCUAGGCAUUGUGUUCUUGAGAAUUUCCCUUUUUUUGUUUUCUCAAAAAGCUGAAAUCUUGAAGCUUAUUUCAUACACAAUUAUAGAAAUGGGAGUUGUUACAGUUGCUGAGCUCAAGCCAAGCAUAUCAGGGAAGAGGCCAUUUCGUCCCAGUUCAAGUGCAAGGCAAGUUACUGAAUGGCCAAUCUCCGACGUCUCUAGUGAUCUAACCAUCGAAGUCGGAACAGCAAGUUUUGCUCUUCACAAAUUCCCUCUCGUUUCCCGGAGUGGAAGAAUACGGAAACUGUUGCUCGAUGCAAAGGACUCCAAGGUAUCAAGGCUGAAUCUCUCCGGCAUUCCUGGCGGAUCACAGGCAUUCGAGCAGGCUGCAAAAUUCUGUUAUGGAGUGAACAUUGACAUCACACUGUCAAAUGUGGCUAUGCUGAGGUGUGCUUCUCAUUUUCUUGAAAUGACAGAGGAGUUAUCUGAGAAGAAUCUCGAGGCUAGGGUCGAGGCCUACCUCAGAGACGCGGUCCUAGCCAGCAUACCAAACUCAAUCUCGGUGCUCCAUCACUGCGAGAGCCUGAUGCCAACCGCUGAGGAAAUCGGCCUUGUGAGCAGAAUCAUCAAUGCUAUUGCUAACAAUGCCUGCAAAGAGCAGCUGACAUCUGGCCUGUCCAAGCUGGAGCACACCUUUUCCUCAAAGCCCGUUGCUUCGAUGGAGGCUGAGACGCCCUCGGACUGGUGGGGGAAGUCACUCUCCCAGCUGAGCCUCGAUCUCUUCCAGAGGGUCCUCUCAUCCGUGAAGACCAAAGGGCUGAAGCAGGACUUGAUUAGUCGGAUUCUCAUAAACUAUGCUCAAAACUCCAUUCAAGGCCUAGUGAAGGGAAACAUCUCAGACGUCGAUCUCCAGAAGAAGCAGAGGAUCACCGUGGAGACCAUCACUGGUUUGCUCCCAACGCAGUCCAGGAAAAGCUCGGUCCCAAUGGCGUUCCUCUCGAGCCUGCUCAAGUCCGCCAUAGCGGCCUCCGCGUCCACUUCCUGCAGGUCUGAUCUGGAGAGGAGGAUCGGGCUGCAGCUGGACCAGGCGAUCCUCGAAGACAUACUGAUCCCCGCGAAUCCACACGGGAACAGCCACGCCCCUAUGUACGACACCGAUUCAGUGCUGAGGAUCUUCUCCAUUUUCUUGAACCUAGACGAGGAUGAUGACGACGACGACGCUCAGCUGAGAGACGAGAGCGAGAUGAUGUACGACUUCGACAGCCCCGGGUCGCCCAAGCAAAGCUCGAUCAUCAAAGUCUCGAAGCUGCUGGACAACUACCUUGCAGAGGUAGCACUUGACUCAAACUUGGCCGCAUCAAAGCUGAUCUCUCUAGCAGAGCUGCUCCCCGACCACGCUCGUAUGGUGUACGACGGACUGUACCGCGCAGUUGACAUCUUCCUCAAGGUUCAUCCGAACAUGAAGGAGUCAGAGAGGUACCGGCUGUGCAAGACGAUCGACUGCCAGAAGCUGUCGCAGGAGGCGUGCAGCCACGCGGCCCAGAACGAGAGGCUGCCGGUGCAGAUGGCGGUGCAGGUGCUGUACUUCGAGCAGAUAAGGCUGCGCAACGCGAUGAACGGGGUGGGAGGGCAGAGCCACUUCUUCUUCGGGUCGAUGAACGGGUUCCCGCAGCGGUCAGGGAGCGGGGCGGGGAGCGGAUGCAUCUCGCCCAGGGACAACUACGCGUCGGUGAGGAGGGAGAACAGGGAGCUGAAGCUGGAGGUGGCGAGGAUGAGGAUGAGGCUCACUGAUCUAGAGAAGGAUCAUGUAUCCAUGAAGCAGGAGCUCGUCAAAUCGCACCCUGCUAAUAGGUUGUUCAAGUCUUUCGCCAAGAAGCUCAACGCAUUGUUCAGGAUCAAGGACAUCAACCCCAAGGCUAAGACUAAGGCGCCCUCAGAUGCUAGGUUUCUCUUUCAGAAACGGAGGCGCCAUUCCGUUUCUUGAAUUCUUGUAAUAUACUACUACAUGUAUAGAUUUACUCAUUCUGUUUUUUUUUUUUUGGUUUUCUUUGCUGUUUUCAUUUUUAUUUUUUUACUACUAUGUGGUAUUGCUUUUGCCUCUUUAUUUUUGA